UUGGUCCCCUACACAAGACGACAUGAGGGAGUGUGUGCUCCUAGUGUUCUUGGCUUUGUGCUCUGCCAAACCUUUACUUCGUCCUUCACACAUGAUGCUGCAGGACAUGGAGGACGAAGGUGAUGACACUGAUGCUGACAACUCUCUUUUUCCAACAAGAGAGCCAAUUAACCCCUUCUUCCCAUUUGAUCUGUUUCCAACAUGCCCAUUUGGAUGCCAAUGCUACUCGAGAGUUGUGCACUGCUCGGAUCUAGGUUUGUCCUCCGUCCCAAGCAACAUUCCAUUUGAUACACGAAUGCUUGACCUUCAAAACAAUAAAAUUAAGGAAAUCAAAGAAAAUGAUUUUAAAGGACUCACUUCACUUUACGCUUUGAUUCUGAACAACAACAAGAUAACAAAGAUUCACCCAAAAGCCUUUCUAACCACAAAGAAGUUGCGAAGGGUCUAUCUGUCCCACAAUCAACUAAGUGAAAUACCACUUAAUCUUCCCAAAUCAUUAGCAGAACUCAGAAUUCAUGAUAAUAAAGUUAAGAAAAUACAAAAGGAGACAUUCAAAGGAAUGAAUGCUUUACAUGUUCUAGAGAUGAGUGCAAACCCUCUUGAUAAUAAUGGGAUUGAACCAGGGGCAUUUGAAGGGGUGACAGUGUUCCACGUCAGAAUUGCAGAAGCAAAACUGACCUCAAUUCCUAAAGAACUACCAUCAACUUUACUGGAGCUUCAUUUAGAUUAUAAUAAAAUUUCAACUGUGGAACUUGAGGAUUUUAAACGCUACAAAGAUCUGCAAAGGCUGGGCCUAGGAAACAACAGAAUCACAGAUAUCGAAAAUGGAAGUCUUGCUAACAUACCACGCAUAAGGGAAAUACACUUGGAAAACAAUAAACUAAAAAAAAUCCCUUCAGGACUACAGGAGUUGAAAUACCUCCAGAUAAUCUUCCUUCAUUCUAAUUCUAUUACAAAAGUGGGAGUGAAUGACUUCUGCCCAACGGUGCCAAAGAUGAAGAAAUCUUUAUACAGUGCAAUCAGUCUGUUCAACAACCCAGUGAAGUACUGGGAAGUACAACCUGCAACAUUUCGCUGUGUCUUGAGCAGAAUGAGUGUUCAGCUUGGGAACUUCAGAAAGUAAUAGUUAGUAAUUAAUA